AUGUCUGAAGAAAGGAGCAAGAUCUCCUUACGGAGUGGUGGGAAGAGGAAGGGCCGGCCUACCAUCAGCGCUCCGAAGCAGAUCUCAGCGCCAAUUCCCAACGAUGGAGGACCAGUUGGAUUCCCACGAGGAGGAGGCGGUGGUGCAGGGAGGCCCAUGGUUGACUCGACUCCGGCCCCUCGUCCGAGGCCAGCCAUGCAGCCUGGAGGAAAAACCUCCGACCUGGUCAAGCGACGAUACUCGGCCAGGUUUAACGAGAUUCCGUCAGAGUUCGCUCCUCCCGUACCAGCCCUUCCGUCCUUUGACAAGUACGAAUCAUCUCGAGACCGGCGACAGGGCCCGCCGCCACCGCGAGGGGGUGUUGCUCCUACAGUUGACGUGAAAGCUUUGCGGGACCCAAAGCUGGUUGCCGACCAAUACGUGGCCAAUAUCUUGAGCGAUGCUACAGAAGAUGAGAUUCGAGAGUUUGAAGAGUCGCUGCGCAAGCUCAAGAGCCGAGCCUCGACCGAUCUCCAACAGAGCGUCUACCAGAAUCGCACCCAGUUUAUAAAGAUCAGCAAGGAGGCCGAAAAGCUCAAGGGCGAGAUGCGCGCCUUGAGGAACCUCAUGUCAGAACUGAAAACAAACACCACCGCUCUCCGGUCUGCAUCGUCCCAGACCAACUCGGACAAUCCGGACCUCGGCGCUGGCUUCUCUACGGGCCUCAGCAAGCGCGAUAAGCGCAGCUCUGUGGCUGACAGAACCGCGCUAUGGAACUCCCAGAUGCAAGCCCUGUACAAGAAUGUGGAGGGGUCGCAGAAGUUCCUGCCAAACGCUCUUGGGCGCCAUGUUGUCCAGAACGCAGGCCCCUGGAUCGAGCUCGACAGCGCUACCUACAGGUCUCGGCGCUCCAUGCAGAUCUUCUUGCUCAACGACCAUCUCCUCAUUGCGUCCCGCAAGAAGAGAAAGGUGGAAGGGCCAGGCGCCGAUGCUCGCGGUCCCAUGACCAAGCUUGUUGCCGACCGGUGCUGGCCUCUUCUCGAUAUCGAGGUGGUAGACAUGGCAGGCUCGAGCGAAUCGCACAGUGGGAGGAACAAGCUAGCCGAUGCCAUCAUGGUUCGUGGAGUCGGGCAGGAGACGGUCAUCUUCCGAACCGAGAAGCCAGAGGAUCCAGAAAAGGCAGCUUUGAUGCUUAACAUUCGCAAGGCUGUAGAGGAGCUCCGCAGGAACCUGCAGUCUGAGAUGGAGGCCAACAACAAGGCGAAGGAGACGAUUAACUAUUUUGCCUCUCGCGACCCUGGCCUCCUGCAGAAGACGGAUCUCUUGGAAACCCUGUCCGACAUCAAAGACAUGCUCAUCGAAGUGGACGGCAAGCAGCAGAAUCUCCGCUGGGUCGAGGGACAGAUGGAUGAGCUCGACAUUGACAUUGCGCUGCAGCGCUUUGACCCUUCGGUCGCAAGGGUGGAGAAGUUGAAGAGCCUGGCACGGGGUCUUAAGAACAACGCCGUUGCCCAGGACUUUAUCGAGUUCAAGGUGGAGGAGCGCUGCUCCAAGCUAGCCACGCUCAUCACCCGCGAGCUGGUUGAUACGCAUAACGAACAGCGCAAGGCGAUGCGGAAUGUCACUUGGCUGACCAGACUUGGGUUCGAGGACCGUGCUCGAGAGGCUUAUCUCGAGGCUCGUAGCCAUAUUAUCCAGAAGCGCACCAGGCAGUGCAUCUUUCAGGGCGACCUCCACCUGUACAUCUGGGAGCUCUCAUUCAUCUACUUCUCCAUCAUUCGCAACACGGUCAGCUGCUUCCAGAGCUGCUUCCCCCAGAGCAUGAUGAGCGCCUGCGUCAAGUGGGCCAAGGAGGAGGUCGACGCCUUCAACGUCAUCCUGGCCCGGCAGCUCAGCGGCACGGACCAGGGCGGCGAGGUAUGGACGCUGUGUAUGGAGCGCGCGAGGGAGCACGCGAGCAUGCUGUCGGAGGUCGGCAUUGACUUUAGAAACAUGGUUGGGCAGGACCUGGUCAAGCAGUCGCCGGCCUCUAGUCCUGUGGGCCUGGUGCAGAGCACUGACCAAGUUGAGGCACGCCACCAAAAACUCAACGUCAUUACCUGGGAAGCGACCGACCGACCAUCAGAACAAUCGACGACCCUGCGGCUGGUAAAGCAGGCCAGCCCACGAUACCCUAUCACACUAAUCCCGUCGCGAUAUCAACGUCGCGAUUCAAUCAUGGACACGAACAUGGAGGAUGUUGGCCGCGUGCCGACGGAGCUGUCCGGCCAGCCUGCCCUCGAGCCCGCGACCAUCCCCACCCUCGACGGAUGGAUCGAGAGCUUGAUGAGCUGCAAGCAGCUGGCGGAGACGGAUGUGCAGAGGCUGUGCGAGAAGGCCCGAGAAGUUCUUCAAGAGGAAUCCAACGUACAACCAGUCAAAUGCCCUGUGACUGUCUGUGGCGACAUUCACGGUCAGUUCCACGAUUUGAUGGAACUUUUCAAGAUUGGCGGCCCCAACCCCGAUACCAACUACCUCUUCAUGGGCGACUACGUCGAUCGAGGUUACUACUCUGUUGAGACAGUCACCCUGCUUGUGGCCCUCAAGAUCCGGUAUCCGCAACGGAUUACCAUCCUCCGCGGCAACCACGAGUCCCGCCAGAUCACACAGGUCUACGGCUUCUACGACGAGUGCCUGAGGAAGUACGGCAAUGCGAACGUCUGGAAGUACUUCACCGACCUGUUCGACUACCUUCCCCUCACCGCCCUUAUCGACAACCAGAUCUUCUGUCUGCACGGAGGACUGUCACCCAGCAUUGAUACCCUCGACAACAUUCGAGCCCUCGAUAGAAUCCAAGAAGUCCCUCACGAAGGACCGAUGUGCGACCUGCUCUGGUCUGACCCAGAUGAUAGGUGCGGAUGGGGCAUCUCACCCAGAGGUGCUGGUUACACCUUUGGCCAGGACAUUUCCGAGGCAUUCAAUCACAACAACGGUCUCACUCUGAUCGCGAGAGCCCACCAGCUUGUCAUGGAGGGAUACAACUGGUCGCAGGACCGCAACGUUGUCACCAUCUUCUCGGCACCGAACUACUGCUACCGCUGCGGUAACCAGGCCGCCAUCAUGGAGAUUGACGAGCAUCUCAAGUACACAUUCCUGCAGUUCGAUCCUUGCCCAAGGGCCGGGGAGCCGAUGGUUUCAAGACGCACUCCCGAUUACUUCCUGUAA